GGUCAUUGAUUCAGGGGUCGAAUAUACCCAUCCUGCUCUGGGUGGAGGACUGGGAGCUGGUUUCAAGGUUUCCGGAGGAUACGAUCUCGUUGGCGAUGCGUACGAUGGCUCCAACGAAAAGAUUCCAGAUGCUGACCCCAUGGAUCAUCUUGGGCACGGUACUCAUGUGGCGGGCAUAAUAGCAGGGAAGAGUGACUUCUUUGUCGGUGUUGCACCUGAAGCUGAAAUACUGGCAUUCAAGGUUUUUGGCGCUUUUGAAGGCACCGACGAAGACACCCUAGUCGACGCAACCAUCAUGGCCUACGAGGCCGGCGUCGACAUCAUCACAGCCAGCAUUGGCCGCGCCUCGGGCUGGGCCGACGGAGCCUGGGCAACCAUCGCCUCUCGCAUUGUCGACAAGGGUGUGGUUGUCACCAUCGCGGCCGGCAACAGCGGCGAAGACGGCCCAGUGUACGCCAGCAGCGGCUCGUCCGGCAAAGACGUCCUGGCUGUUGCUUCCGUCGACACCAGUCUCGUCCCCGCCAAGCCAUGGCACGCCACCUUCUCCCUCAACGGCACCUCCAACACCAGCCUGAUGGCCUACAUGCCAUCCUCGAACCGCCCCCUGUGGAACUUCACCGGCCUCCCCAUCGUCACCCUCUCCCUGGACGCACCCAGCCCCUUUACCGGCUGCAACCCCCUCCCGGCAGACACGCCCGACCUGUCCAACACGAUCGUGCUGGUCCGCCGCACCCAGGCCUGCUCCUACUACACCGUGCAGGCCAACCUGGAGCCCUUCAACGCCACCGCCAUCCUCCUGCAAAACAACGACAACCGUCCCUUUGCGCCCGUCAACAACAACCAGUACAGAUCCGUGCUGGCCGUCGUCGACUCCCCCUCGGGCAGCGCGAUCCUCGCCACCCUCCGCGCCGGCGGCACCGUCACAGCCGACUUCACCCCGCCCUCGGACCCGGACUGGGCCGUCGGCUUCCGCGACUCGGCCGGCGGCAUCCCGUCGUACUUUUCCUCGUGGGGCGGCACCAACGAGCUCGAGAUCAAGCCCGACGUCGCCGCGCCGGGCGACGACAUCUACAGCACCUAUAUGAACGGCCGCUACGCAGUCCUGAGCGGCACGUCCAUGGCCACGCCAUACCUGGCCGGCGUCGUGGCGCUGUACAUCAGCCGGCACGGCGGACGCGCGACGCACGGCCCGGGGUUCGCGCGCUGGCUGUCGCGGCGCAUCGUGAGCAGCGCCGAGACGCUGCCGUGGCAGGCCAUGCAGCCGCAGGCGGCGCCGACGGACUUUGGGUUCGCGGCGCCGGUGGCGCAGGUGGGCGGCGGGCUGGUCAACGCCACCAAGGUGCUGGGCCAGGUGACGGCCGUGUCGUUUGAGCCGUUUGCGCUCAACGACACGGUCAAUUUCAGGGGCGGUCAGAGCGUCGAGCUUACGAACAACGGCGCCGCGCCGCUGACGUACACCUUUGCGCUGCAGCCUGCAGGCGCCUUCAACAUGCAGGGCAGGACGUCCGGGCUGCUCGCUGACGUUCUGGACGUCAAGCCGUUUGCUCUGGCGCCCAGUGUGACCUUUCCAGAAGGUUCGUUUACUGUGCAGCCGGGGGAGACGAAGACUGCUAGAUUUACAUUUGUUGCUCCAAGCGGCGGUGAUGAAUCCAAGCUGCCAAUCUACAGUGGCAAGGUUCUGAUCGAGGCUAGCAAUGGGGAGAGUGUAGGCAUCCCUUACUAUGGUGCUGCAUUCGACCUCAAAGCUCAGAUGAAGAACAAGAUCUUCCCUUCACCCUACCCAGUCCAGCGAUCUGGUCCCCAAAACCAAAAUAUCGAUAUUUACAACUCCUAUGCUUUCAACGUGAGCCUGCGAGCUCAGGACUUUCCCAAAAUCCAGACCAACUUCAAAUGGGGCGUCAAGGAGCUUCGAUGGGAUAUAUUCGACGCCACGUACAACGAAUCGCAAUGGUCGUACCCACCGACCAUCGGUAGCGGCGGUUUUGUCGGCUCGGCGACGUACUCAAUGUCGGCAGGCAGGGCACUCAAUUUUGACCCGGCCACCAUGGACAGAGAGCGGGUGGCACCGUUUCCGGUCACGGGCAUCGAGCGGACGUCGUCGUGGACCGAGCUCGGAAAGAGGUUUUGGUGGAUGGGCAAGCUGGCCAACGGCAGCUACAUUGUGCCGGGGACUUAUAAGUGA